AUGGGUAUUUGCGGAAGUAAAGAGCCUCAUCACAAGAAGAGUAUCAACGAUAUCUAUGCUGAUGCUAAUGAGCGCCAUGAAACCUCUAAGAAUUUAAUUUCGAGCUUGACUCUUCGUGCUGUUACCUAUCCUGAUCAAUUGCCAAGUAUUGGAGCAACUCUUGAAGCUAGGAUUAAACAAGAUUAUCAAAAGGGAAAUGAAUUUAACGUUGCCGUUGGAUGUGAUAUAUUUUACGAAUUGAUUAACACCCGAUCAGAUCUGAGUUAUUUCGUAGUGAAUGUUGAUAAUAUUAUUACCUUGUUAAUUGAUGGGAAAAACGCAAAAUUAAAGAAGAGAGCUGUCAAUUUGCUCACAAGUGCUGUAGAUAAUGCUUCGGGAGCUUCUAUUAGAACAUUUAACAAGUACGAAUUGAAACUUAUUGACUUGGUAAAGUGUGAGGAUUUAGAUCUUAAAGUAAUUAGUAUUAAUGCAAUCACUAAAAUGAUUCCUAAACUUGAAUCUCUGGGAGUUGCACCAGUUAUACCUGUAUUAUUAUUAACAAUUAAUGGUUAUUUGGAAAAAUCUACACAAGUAUAUGAUGACACUAUGAUAUUUAGAAUUCCUAAUGUUGAUUUUUCUAAACUCACUGCUGAAAGUGCUACAAAAGUUUCUAUUGAAUGUUUGGGUGCUAUUGCUAGACAAGCCAACGACAGCACCAUUCGUCACGUAUUGAAACCUAUUUGGGAUUUCCUUGAUGAUCAAAAUAGAUGGGUCUCUAAACCAGAAUUAGUGAGAUCUAUUAUGAGAAUUAUUGUUCAAUCAUCAAAUGAAUGGUCCAGUAAGGGAUAUGUCAUUGUUUCUGCAAAUAUGCAACAUUUUGAAGAAAUUCUUGAUAGAGCUCAAAAGGCAGGAAUGAUUCGUGCCAAUAUUUUCAUCAUCUCUAUACAAUCAAAGAAGGGUGCAACAAGUGGUGCUCGUGCUUUUGAAGCAGUUGCCCAAUUGAUUAACACUCUCAAGAGCAACUUUGUAUCUAGUACUCCAAAAAUUUCACCAACUCAAUAUGAAGAAAUUCUCAAAACUGACGCCUUGACUUCUUCUGUUUUGGAAUGUCUCAACAUUAUUGCUCAACGUGGUAAAUUUACUCAACAAAACGUUUCAUUAAUGGAUUCUAUUCAACAAUUAAUUCGUCAGCAAGAGGGUAAAAUUACAGUAUCUGACUUUACUCGUAACGUUCAAGGAUUGAUUGAAUCGGAACAAUUGUCACCAAAUAUUAUUCAACAUUUAUUACUUGUUGAUUGCUUGUUAAAUGUUGCCAAGAUUGGUGCUUACAUUUUGAGUCAAAAUACCAGUAACUCUUCCAACACUAAUCAAUCCAACACUGGAAAUGUUCCAGCUGGAUCCUCAGGUAACAAUAAUGCUCAAUCAAACAAUAACGAAUUUUUCUUCCCAUCCCAUUUAGUGAAUGCUCUUUUGGAAUCGAGUGUCAAACCAAAUUCCUCUGUCUAUGUUAGAGUCAAGUAUUUGAAUGUAUUCCUUGCCAUGCUUUCAACCAAAGAACCUUACCUCCCAGAACAAUCUCCAAAUAUUGGUACAUCAGAUAAAAAACCAGCCAUGUCUCCAGCAAUCAUUGAAGAUAUUGAUGCCAGCAAUAGUGCUGCAAUCAAAACUCGUAUUACCAUUUCCAAAAGUCAAAGAGCCAAGAUAUAUGUCUACAUUUACAAGGGAUUGUUUUUAAAUGAUAAUCUUCCAGAAAAUUUUGCAGCCAUCGCCAGAAUUUUGAGAAAUAUGUUAAAGCACUAUAGAAAUAAGGAAAUUGAAAAUGCCUUGCCAAUGCUCUUCAAACUUCAAGAAGCUGCUGUACAAACAGCCUCCUCUACCACAUCAACUGGUUCAUCCAACACUGCUUCAGCUGCCAAUGAUGAGGAACCAACACCAUUAGAAACUGUUGAAAAGCAACAAACUAUGCACGUCAGACACAAGCUCAUGAUCCAUACUCUCAUUGUUACAUAUUUACUCUGCUUGGCUGAAUUGUAUAAUUCUAAGGAAUUGGAACAAUAUAUCAAAUCUAUUAUGGAUACUAGAAUUCAACAAGGAUUACUCACCAAGACAGUUCUUAGCACUUUUGAAAAGAGACACAAUAGUGGAAAUUCUAUCGAAGCAAUGAAGGCACAAGCUUCAGAGGAAGAAAAAUUGAAGGAAUAUACUCAAUCAUUUGCUUCACUGAUAGCUAUCAGUGAUAAGGCAGCUGCUUCUAUUGACAAGAUUGAACUCGUUUCACAAGACAAGGUUUGUGAAUUGUUGUGCAAGAUUGAAACUUUGAAGGAAACCUAUGGUGAUGUUGCAGGUGUCACUAAGGUUGUAAAGAAGGCAUUUACUGGAGAUUCUAUUACCAAGACAACCACUGUAGUAGUAACUGAUGAAGAAAAUACCAAACCAAUUGAUGAUCCAUGGUAUGGACAUGCUACUGAUGAAAAGUCAGCUCAAGUUGUUCAAGUAAUUGAAGGUUUGGAUAUUGACCAAUUGGCAAACAAAACAAAGAAUGUUUCAAGAGAUUCUUUACAAAUUAAUCAAGUGCAACUUGAUCUUUCAACCUCUCUUGCUGGAAGUCUUUCUAAGAGAAGAGAAGAAAAGAGCAAGAUUUUAGAUUCGAUAUUGGAUGCUGUUCCUUCCGAUUUAUACGAUAGUGACGAUGAGGAAUUGGAAGAAAUUGAACAACAACCAAGGCUCUUCCUUUUCGAUUCGGCACAAUUUAUCAAUGUUUAAAUUAAAGGUUUAUUUACAUUUUUAUUUCUUAU